CGAGAGAGAGACAGAGAGAGCUCAAGGAAACGAUACCCCAAAACACGCUCGACAAAACGCGUGGAAACCGGUACAGCGGCCAUAAAGUGCGAACACAGGCGCUAUGACUCAAACAAAUCCCUCAAUCGCCGCUGCCACCAGCCCAACCUACCCUCAACACCAGCAGUAUUCUCCCUAUACACCGCAACACGAUAUGGGUCAUCAUGCCGGGUAUCCUGGGACACCUAGUCCGUAUAUGAAUGGACGACCGGAAUGGGGUGGACAAUAUCCUCCUGGUCCUCAUCAGAUCAGUCCUUACGGACAACAUCCUGCGUCAUCGGCGCCAACUACACCCGCCAUGGUAUACGCUCCCGGACACCCCGGUGGCCACCCGUUGUCAACCGUCUAUUCAUUCGUGCCGAUACCAGGCGCGCAACAGCACAAACGCCCGCGUAGACGCUACGAAGAGAUUGAACGCAUGUACAAGUGUGGCUGGAACGGCUGCGAGAAGGCGUACGGAACGUUAAAUCACUUGAACGCGCAUGUAACGAUGCAGUCGCAUGGCGCGAAGCGCACUCCUGAAGGUACGUUUUUCGACUCAAUAUAAUGCUGGUCAAAGAUGGUUCGUCUUGGCGCGCGGACUGUUUUGUUAUGGCCCAAAGCGGUGUCGCGACAUACUAUAUUGAUGGUUCGCCCGACUUUGCGGACGCUAGCCAUGAACCAUCUGUCAACCCAUGUCCCAGCUAGUUUGAUGCACGAUUCAAACAACGCUACUGCUACUGAAACCAGCACUCGAUGUUAAAGUCAACAGCAUCGCGUAUCCAAAUCGUCGUGUACUCCCCAUUGCCGUUUUUGCUAACGAUUAUUAGAGUUCAAAGAGAUUCGCAAAGAAUGGAAGGCAAAGAAGAAGGAGGAAGAGCAGCAACGCAAGGCUGAGGAUGAACGUGCCCGC